AUAAAUAUGCUUCAACUUAGUACUAUAUUGUUUCAAGGCAGUAUUUCCAAAACAAUUAGCCAUCACACCGAGAGAGAGAGAGAGAGAGAGAGAGAGAGAGAUGGAACUUUAUGAUAAUGAUUUCUUGGAGGAAUCAAUGGCCCUAAGAAGAGAACCAUGGGAUACCAAUCCGUGUUCACAAGAAAACCAGCUUUUCUCUAAUGCUUGGAGUUUUGAUUGUUUUGAUCAAAACUAUCAAGCUUUUCCUUCAAAUUCUUUCUCUUUGCAAGAAGUGCCUCAGAGUUACAACUUCGACCACACCUUCAAUGAAAUCUACAGUUCCUUAUUUAAUGAGUUUUCUGCACCUCAGAUUGUAGAUUCAUCUUAUAGCACCCUCGAUGCUUCACAUAUUAGCACCCCUUCAUUUGUUCCUCAUGAAGAUUAUCCAUUGUCUUUGAUAGAAGAAGAAGAUCCGGGUUUGCUUGGGGAAGAGCUUCAUUGUUUGGACCUUCAAGCAACAUGCAAAAUGGAGCCAAGCCAUUCCCCUGAAAUGCCUGUUUUCAACACAGAUUCUUGUGUUGAAAGAAAGACUAGAGCAAAGAAGCUUCAGGGGCAGCCUUCCAAGAACCUAAUGGCAGAGAGAAGAAGAAGGAAGAGAUUAAACGACAGACUCUCCAUGCUAAGAUCAAUUGUCCCAAAGAUAAGUAAGAUGGACAGAACAGCUAUUCUUGGAGACACUAUUGAUUAUAUGAAAGAGCUCUUGGAAAAGAUUAACACUUUGAAGCAAGAAAUAGAGGUGGAUUCCAACACUGCUACCAUUUUCAAGGAUUUAAAGCCAAACGAAAUCUUAGUAAGAAAUUCUCCCAAGUUUGAUGUGGAGAGGAGAAAUGCCAAUACAAGGGUGGAGAUCUGCUGUGCUGGGAAGCCAGGCUUGCUGCUGUCUACGGUAAACACAUUGGAAACACUAGGCCUGGAGAUCCAACAAUGUGUUAUUAGCUGUUUCAAUGAUUUCACAGUGCAAGCUUCUUGUUCAGAGGAACUGCAGCAGAAGAAAAUUCUGAGUUCAGAAGAUAUAAAACAAGCACUGUUUAGAAGUGCAGGAUAUGGAGGAAGAUGUUUGUGAGAAUAGAAGCUAGAGAAGUGCAAAAUAUCACAGCGAGUGCACUUUAGCUAUGUAGGAAGAGUUUUUGAGUUUCUGAUGAUGAUCCAUUAAUUUAUAAGCCAAGUUAGCUGGAUUUCUUUUUUCUUAAUGUCUGAUAAUAAUCGAUUUCUUCAACAAGAACAUGUUAACAUGUUCAUAUCUUAAUGUAGAUUCCUAUGAAUCAUGGUGAUUGUUUGUUCUCUAACAUCCUUAACAAAAACAACAGUCAAAUAUGGCACAAAAACAGACAGAACAAGUUAGAGAGAUCAAAGUGUAUAGAAGCUCAUAUUAACCAUAUAAUUUUAAACCAUGGUUAAGAACAAUUAGUUAAUCUUGAUAAUGAAUGCAUGAUUAUAUAGAACUUGGGAAUAAUAAAAUUAUGAAAAUUAUGUAUUGCACCUUGUUAUUGGAAUGGAGGAUCAAGUCAAAGUGCAACUGCAACAUUAAUAAGAGAGUAAAGUUCCAGCUUUCUGUGUCUA